AUGGCGUCCCGAAAGAAACAAAAUACCACCCGCAAACGAGACGGGAUCCACUUCGUCAAUGCCAGGCCAUCUUCCGAGACAGAACGACUCAAGGCGCAGCGAUUAGUCCGCGCCCACGUUGGAAGAUGGAUCUCCGAUCAAACCAAAGACCGUUCGGCGGCAAAUGAACAGUCGUCUAUGUCUGCGCCUCGCAAUUCUCGACCUUCGAUCACUGCUGAGCAUGCGGGGCCCUCGUCUUUUCCUAUCGUAUCUCAUCCACUGCCGUAUACAGCGCAGCAGACGCUGGUUGUCGGCACGGCUCUUUCGCACCCACCACCGCACGAUUGGCCCCGGUCGCCUUUUCCUCCUUCCCAUGUGAGCGAUAGUAGUGAUAGCAGUGGUAGUGACGAUGCGAAUGAGGUGACGAAUUUUGGGGACCCCGUUACGAUCGUCCCAUGGAACGAGGUGUCUCGCAUUGAGCCGCAAAUCUCGGGAUUCUUGGAUCCAUUUUCACAACAUCCAUCAAAUUUUGCGCCAGAAAUAGUUAAUCUUUGCGAAUCAUAUUCUCUCUUCACGGCAUUCAUGUUUGGAUCACUAUGCCAUCAGCGAGUCCAAUGGCUGAAGGGCUGGGUUCCAGGGUCGAGCUUUGGGCCCAAGCAGCAGCGCAUUUUACAGCUGUGCGAAAUGGAAUCAAUCAAGUUGAUUAGCGAGGCUGUGCAGGAUCCUACCCGUGCUGUCAGCGAUGCAGUCCUCCUGAGUGUGAUUUGUAUGGCACAUCAUCAAGCGCUCGAGGAGAGUCCGGAUCAAUAUCGGAAGACGCCAUUUACUCCACCCUUUCAGCGGUUGCAAUGGCUUGACGUGUAUGGUCACUUGCCCCCGAACAUGAUCCACAUUCAUGGGUUGGCCCAGCUGUUGAAAAUGCGUGGUGGGUUAAAAAAUAUCAAACUCCACGGCUUACGUCCGACCAUCUGCUUCUCGGACAUCAUGACAGCGAGCUGUUUCUGCAUCUCCCCGGGCUUCGAGUUCUGCGGCAUCGACGACAGUCGAAGUAACCUCUCCGUCCAAGAACUUCUCGGGUUUGGCCCUUACCACAUCGACCACAGUUUCCGCUGGCUCGAACAACUCGGUCUGACCUUCCAAAUAGUAGAGGCCAUGACCGCCGCAGCCACCUACGUCGACAUAAUGAAAACCUGCCUGGAAGGCAGCCACGACGUCUCAUUACUCUCAGACCAACGCAACCUCACACAAUACACCAUCCUCUCUGUCCCACCCGCCACGGACACCAAAAAGACCUUCUCCCAACCCAUCGACGAAGUAGCCUACGAAGCAUGCCGUCUAGCCAUGCUCAUCUUCGCUGUGGGCGUCGUCUUCCCCAUCCCUGCAAAUAAUACACCCCUACCAAGUCUGGCGCAGAAACUCCAGGCGGUACUGCGUCGUCCGGAAGCGGCUGAGCUGUACACGUCUACGAAGUACUCCGUGCUGUUGAUUUGGAUGCUCACCAUAGGUGGCAUUGCUGCCUUUGAUAAUCCCGCCGAACGCGCGUUCUUUGCUUCCGAGUUGAUGGAAAUUACUAGUCGUACUGGGUUGACUGCCUGGGCUGAUGUGAAACGUGCCAUGGACGUGAUGCUUUGGUAUGAUAUUGCCUGUGAUGAAGCGGGUGAAACGUUCUUCACGGAAGCGCAGAGUUGUUAUGUCAUUGAAUGA